CUUCCCCCGGAGAAGCUAGUCCUCGAGCCGGACAAGAUAAUUGUCUCUCAUCUCGACAUGUCUCAUAUUUGUGUCCGAUUAGUUAUAUUAGAAAAUCAAAUAAGAUGAGGACCUUAAUCACCCCCCGCGUACCGAUAGUUUUCUUAUUUGUGCUGCACAGUUGCCACUGGCUCAAGCUUUCGUCUGCGAGAGCAGAAGAGAAUGACAAGCCACUGGAGCUCAUGCUGCCAGAGGACGCAGUGUCCGACUUGGAGAACAUUCCCAAGUUUGUGGAGUCGGAAGACCUGGACGUGCUGCCAAAGAGGCAGUUCAAAACAGCUGAGAUUGCGGAUGCUGUGAUGGGGACCGAAACCCCAAUCAAUCCAUCUGACAUUGAAUCCCUCUUUCCCAAAAAUGUCAAGGACUUUCAGACGGGCUUCUCCCCGCCCUGUGAUGAAAACAGUGCUCACUGCAGUUCGCCUGCUCUCGCUGAUGACGGAGCAUCUUUGGAGGAGAGUGCACAAGGAUCAGUGCAGCAGAUCAAUCUUGGCGUGGUCCAUGCAGACAUCACCCCAACUGAGGAGCAGAACACCACAGAGGCCACCAAGACGUACAAAGUGAACUGUGAUAAGCGGAACAUCACAGGAAUGGACAAUUUCACAGUGCAGGUCCUCAAUGCUUCCCAGGACCUGAUGGAGUUCCUCAAUGCGAACAGCACCGAGUGCUCUGUGGUGCUGUUCUUCACCGCCUGGUGCCAGUUCUCAGCCAACCUGGCUCCUCACUUUAAUGCCCUGCCCCGCACUUUUCCCAGUAUGCAUUUCCUGGCCCUGGAUGCGUCACAGCACAGCAGCCUCUCCACGAGGUUUGGAACGGUGGCAGUUCCCAACAUCCUGUUGUUCCAGGGGGCCAAACCCAUGGCUCGCUUCAACCACACAGACAGAACCCUGGAGACACUCACCUCUUUCAUCACCAACCAGACAGGGUUUGAAGCCAGCCCAGACAGAAAUGUGACGGAUUCGGACCGCGAAGGCCCCCUCCCCGGGGUUCCUGUGAGGGGCAUCGACUGGCUGCUGGUCUUCUCCGUCCUCUUCAUCACAGGCUUCGCUAUGUACGCCAUCCUGAGGGCGGACAGCCUGCGCUGGCUCAUACCCGGGCAGGAGCACGAGCAUCAGGACUGAUUAAACUUGCACUGCAAGUCAGGAAGAAUGUGAAUAAUUUGUUUUUGAAACUUGAACUCAUAUGUGUUUAAAAUAAAAGAAUGGAGCUGUU